GAAGGAAAGUUGGAGUUUUCCAAAUGCCUGCUGAGAUGGAGAGCAGCUCCUCGCUGGUGAUGUUCAUCCUACUGAUGUGCUCCAUCAGCAGCAGCUCUCCAUAUUCAGUGUUCAUGGGGAAAGAUGCAGCGCAUGAGGUGCUGAGGGUCCACAAACGUGCCAACUAUUUUCUAGAAGAGAUCCGCCCAGGGAACUUGGAGAGAGAAUGCAAUGAGGAGAAGUGCUCGUUUGAGGAGGCAAAGGAGAUCUUCCAUUCGCAGGAGAAAACGAUGGAGUUUUGGUUCAACUACAAAGGUUUAAAUCCAUGCACUACAAAUCCUUGUAAGAAUGGUGGAGUUUGCAAAAUAAGACGCUACAGUUACUUUUGCAUCUGCCCCCCGAAAUUUGGAGGAGACAACUGUGAAAAAGAGAAGUUGGAGUGCUGGUACAAGAACGGUGGCUGCUGGCAGUACUGCUGGGACAGAGGCUCCUUCCAGGUGCAGUGCUCCUGUGCCAAGGGCUACACCCUGCACGAGGAUGGGAAGAAGUGCGUGCAAGCAGCCCCGUUUCCAUGUGGCCUGAUUAGAGCCCGGCGUGCCUUGGAGGAAGCACGGCACGAGGUGGCCACAUGGAACAGCACAGCUCAUGCAGUUAAACAGGCCACGGUGAAGCAAAGUGCUGCUGGGGAAAAGGAAGCUUUAAAGAAUGCAUCUGGGCAAAGCACAGCCAUGGAGGACGAUGAUGGGCAGGAAGGUGGGGACCCCAGUCAGCAGCCCACAGAGGAACCGGCCUGUCAGAAUGAGACAACAGCAGCUGCCAUGCAGGAGGAGAUGGUGGAGAAAACUUCUGGGCAGAACCGCAGCAGGCAGAGCACUGGGCAGGACAAGACAGGGGCAGUUCAGCAUGUGCCUGGUGGUCUGAAUGAGAGUGACAAUGCAGAUGUUUCAGCCACACCUCAGUGUCCCCAGAGAAACACCAGCACUCCUGCAGAGAACAGUGACUCCAGGAUAACUGGAGGAACGUUGUGUCAUCGGGGACAGUGCCCCUGGCAGGUUUUGAUCCGUGACAGCAGAGAUAUUGGGUUCUGUGGAGGGAGUUUGAUCAACAGUCGCUGGGUGAUCACAGCUGCUCACUGCCUCGACCUGGUCAGACCUCACCACGUUACCAUAGGUGACUUUGACAAGUACCAGAGAGAACUGAAGGAACAGAAGAUAGGCGUGGAGCGGAGCUGGACGCAUCCACACUACGAUUCCAACAACUACAAUGGGGACAUUGCCUUGCUGUACUUGAGCAGUGAGGUGGUUUUUAAUGAGUACGCCAUUCCCAUCUGCCUGCCCAGCCCCAACCUGGCAGCCCUGCUGGCCGAGGAAGGACAAGUGGGGAUGGUCAGUGGCUGGGGUGCCACUCACAGGUGGGGCUCCACACUGCGCUUCCUGAUGCGGGUGCGGCUGCCCAUUGUGAGCAUGGACACGUGCCAGCAGUCCACAAGGAGACUGGUCACAGACAACAUGUUCUGUGCUGGAUAUGGCACUGAAGCUGCAGAUGCCUGCAAGGGUGACAGCGGAGGCCCAUUUGCAGUGUCUUACCAAAACACUUGGUUCCUGCUAGGUGUUGUAAGCUGGGGUGAUGGCUGUGCCGAAAAGGGAAAAUACGGUGUGUACACAAGAGUGUCCAAUUACAUCCCCUGGAUUAAAGAGACUGUUGAAAGUGUGGCAGAUUCAGAAAAGUUUUCCAUUAACUUUGCUUAAGAGCGACCUUAAAAAUAGGGACAACUCUUAUUACAGCUGUCUCUGAUGCUAAAAGCCAGGUUUGUUGUUAAAGGAAUGCAUAACUUGUUGAAUUGCUAAGGAAAUAUUACUAAGCAAAAAAAUAUAUGUAAUAAAGAACUAUUCCUGCAAUAACAAAGGUGACAACUGAACUUCUUUCUGAAGAUGGCAGUAGAAAGGAGAGCUUGGGUGGCUGUUCUUUUGCUUCUCACACCUACGCUCACAUCACACAGGGGCUGAUCACUCACAAAAGGAAGCACGUGGCAGGCUGUGCUGUCUGUGAAGCAGCAUGCUGAUUCAGUGACUGUGGAUCAAGGAAGUUUUGUAGUGUGUGCCUGCUGCUUCAAGUACAAUUCAAUUCACUGAAAUACAAAUGUUUCGUGAUACAAGAAGUUGCUGGGUAGAAUCUUGUAUUAAAAGAUGUACCAGCUGCACUGCUGGGAGAGAAAUUAUACAAGUGGAGCUACAGAACACAGACCUGUAGGCACAGCACAGAAUGAAGGGCCAACUUUUACACCCACUUCCUGAAGGAAAGGAAAAGGUUUUUAAUUCUCAAGACUCCUCUCCUCCCUCUUACACAUCAUUUCUCUCUCCCAGUGUUUGCUGCAAACCAGCAUACACACAGGAGCACUUUCCUCUGCUGCAGUUAACGGGUAGUCUUUUUCAUCCAUCUCCAAAGACAUUCUCACUUUCUCACCUUUCCUACAAUUCACCAGUAAGCUCCCAUAAAAAAAACAAGUCUUACUCAUUAUUAGCUCUUCUCUUCAGCUUCAUGGACCACCAGGGGCCUGUAAUUAACAAAACUCUUCAGAUAAAUACCCCAGUGCCUGACAUGUGCAGUACCGUAACUACAAUAAAGCUUAGGGGUUGCAGGGAGAGGGCUGAGAAAGCCACCCUAACCCACAGACCUUCAGGACCAAAUAGAACCAGGAUGUGAAUACAGUUCAUUGACUUUCUCAGAGCUUCACCUGCCACUAUGGCAGUAAGGAAUCCAGCCUGUCAAUCAAUUCUUAAUUUGAAAGAAAAAUGAACAUAAAAACUUUGGAACACUUAGCAGGCAUAAAAUGACACACUUGAGCUCAGUUACAUAGAUAAGAUUACUUAUUUGCUCUUACGAUGCAUGUAAGUGGAAUUCCUUCAGCAGCCUCCAGUGCAAGCAUCCUUCACUGUUUGCUUAAAGGUCACGUCCCCCUCCAGGCUAACAAAGGCAAAUCUCAAAUGCAAGCAUCAUCAUCUUAUAUUCUUCUCUGUUAUUGCCUCAGCUGACCCUGAGUGCCUUCUGUGUCAGUGCACAGAGACCCCACCUGAAACAAGCCAAGCUCCACCCAGGCAAUCUAAGUGCACAGCACACAGUGCCCAGCCACCUGUCAGUCCUCUUCAGCAGCCUCAAUAACCUUCACUCCAAAGACUGGCUUUGACUGUAAAACUGAUCUAUACUAUUGUGCUUCACAGGAAAGCCCUUCAGGUGCAGCUGCCUGAUCUCCAGCAGCAGUCACCAGUGAAGGCUGUGCUCAUGGCACAACAGAUCAAUAACAGCAUCACCUCACCUGCUG